AUGGGCGAUUGGAUCGAAGCCGGAAAGAAAGCCCCCGACUUCACACUAACCAGCGACUCGGGCGAGAAGAUCAAGCUCUCUUCGCUGCAAGGCGGGCCGGUAGUUUUGUACUUCUACCCCAAAGACGACACUCCCGGAUGCACGAAAGAAGCCUGUGCGUUUCGCGAUCAGAAGUCGGCCAUCAAAAAGUCGGGCGCGACCGUCCUCGGCGUAAGCCCUGAUGAUGUGGAAAGCCAUGUGAAGUUCCGCGACAAGUACAAACUGAACUUCCCGCUGUUGGCCGACGCGGGCCACAAGGUGGCCGAUAAGUACGGUGCCUGGCGCGAGAAGAACAUGUACGGCAAGAAGUCGAUGGGCAUCCAACGCUCGACCUUCCUCAUCGAUCCCGCAGGCAAGGUGGCCAAAGUCUGGAAGCGCGUCAAAGUCGACGGGCACGAUGAAGAAGUGCUCACCGCCAUCGCUGGGUUGGAGAUGGAAUAG